AGCCAGUGUUUGUGUGAUGGUUUUGGCUUUUAGGCAGAAAUAAAUAUUACAAUUCGAUCCCGAGAAAAUCCAGUCAUUCCACUCGAUUUCUCGUGUCUCGCUCGCUCGCUCGCUCUUGGAUCGCUUUUGAAGGUGGUUCGGUUUCUUUGUUAGCGCGGGAUGGAUUUUGUGUCGAAGUAUCAGGGUGUUGUUGGGCGUUUUAUUGGAAAUGAGAAUUCAAGCACAAAUGAUGACAGUUAUGUUGAGCGGUUGCUGGACCGCAUUAGCAAUGCUGUUCUGGCUGAUGAUAGGAGGAAUGCCAUGGUUGAACUUCAGUCGGUUGUGGCUGAAAGUAAUUCUGCACAGCUAGCUUUUGGGGCAAUGGGCUUUCCAGUACUGUUGAAAGUCCUGAAGGAGGAUAGGGAUGAUGUCGAGAUGGUCAGAGGGGCCCUUGAAACUCUUGUAAGCGCCUUAAGUCCAAUUGAACAUGCAAAGAUAUCAAAGAAUGAGGUUCAGCCCGCUCUUAUGAAUAGUGAUUUGCUUUCGAGAGAAGUAGAUAACAUAUCUCUUCUUUUGGAUCUUCUGUCGGAGGAGGACUUUUAUGUGCGAUAUUAUACAUUGCAGCUGUUGACAGCCCUUCUAACCAAUUCACCAAAUAGACUGCAAGAAGCUAUUCUCACCAUCCCUCGUGGUAUUACAAGGCUUAUGGAUAUGCUUAUGGAUCGCGAGGUUAUACGAAAUGAAGCAUUACUACUUCUCACAUACUUAACUCGGGAAGCUGAGGAAAUUCAAAAAAUUGUGGUCUUUGAAGGUGCUUUCGAGAAGAUUUUUAGUAUCAUCCGGGAAGAAGGUGGUUCUGACGGUGGUGUUGUUGUGCAGGAUUGUCUGGAGUUGUUAAACAAUCUUCUUCGAAACAGUGCCUCAAAUCAGGUUUUGCUUAGGGAGACAAUAGGUUUUGAUCCGCUGAUAUCGAUUUUGAAGCUCAGAGGAAGCUCUUAUAAAUUUACACAGCAGAAGACAACAAAUCUACUCUGUGUAUUGGACACAAUUAACUUGCUUCUUCAUGGAGGCCAACAAACUGAUCCUGGAAAAAACUCCAGUGGGUUGGAAAAUAAAGCAGUCUUGGUUCAGAAAAAGAUACUGGACCAUCUUCUAAUGCUGGGAGUUGAGAGUCAAUGGGCUCCGGUUGCUCUUCGUUGUAUGGCACUCCGAUGUAUUGGAGAUCUGGUUGUCAAUCAUCCCAAGAACCGUGAUGCCCUUGCAAGUAAAGUACUUGGGGAGGAGCCUGAUGUUGAAGCGGCCUUAAAUUCUAUACUGAGGAUUAUUUUACGAACUUCUAGCGUGCAAGAAUUCGUAGCAGCUGACUAUGUUUUUAAGAGUUAUUGUGAGGACAAUCCUGUUGGGCAGUCUAUGUUGGCUUCAACAUUAAUUCCUCAACCACACUCCAUGGUUAAUGCACCAAUGGAGGAUGAUGUGAGAAUGUCAUUUGGAAGCAUGUUAUUGCAUGGUCUGACAGAGAGUGAACGAGAUGGUGAUCUUGAGACAUGCUGCAGAGCCGCAAGUGUUCUAUCUCAUCUUUUGAAGGAUAACGUUCAGUGCAAGGAGAAGGUUGUCCAAAUUGAACUUGAAGCGCCUAGGCCUACACUGGGUGGCCCAGAACCUCUAAUGCACCGUAUGGUGAAGUACUUAGCACUUGCUUCUUCCAUGAGCAAAGAUGGAAGAGCUAAUUCAUCCGGCCCUAUCUAUGUUCAGCCAAUCAUCUUAAAGCUGCUAGUUAUUUGGCUGUCUGAUUGUCCAAGAGCUGUUCAAUGCUUCCUCGACUCCAAUCCUCACCUCACCUACUUACUGGAGUUAGUUUCUAAUGAAACAGCAACUGUAUGUGCAAGGGGUUUGGCUGCUGUCCUCUUAGGAGAGUGCGUAAUCUACAACAAGAUCAAUGACAGUAAAAAGAAUGCCUUCAGUAUUGUCGAGGCCAUAAGCCAGAAAAUAGGGCUCACCUCCUACUUUCUGAAGUUUGAUGAUAUGCAGAAGAGCUUGCUUUUUGCGACUGCAAAAUCAGCUUUUGACCGUAAACCAUUGACUCGAUCUACUGCUGCUAGCAUGUCUGAUAUUGAAGAUGUUGACGAAAAUGAAACUGCCGAUCACAAGAGCGAGGAUCAUCCUAUGCUUGUAAUGGUACUCGAUUCGCAAUUUGUUUCCUUCGUAAAGGGCUUGGAAGCAAGAAUCAGGGAACAAAUUGUUGAUAUAUACAGUCAACCAAAGAGCCAAGUGGCUGUUGUUCCCGCGGAACUGGAGCAAGGUAGUGGAGAAAGCGAUAAAGAGUACAUCAAACGGCUGAAAAACUUUGUGGAGAAACAAUGCAUUGAAAUACAGGACCUUCUAAGGUCAAAUGCUACACUUGCUGAAGGCCUGGCCAUGACCGGUGGGGUGGGUUCAACCAAGCUCGAACACAGAUCCAGCAGUGGUUCCGACAGAGUUCUAAUCGAAACCCUUCGGAAGGAUCUUCAUGAAGUUUCUCAAAGGGUGGAAACCCUGAGGGCAGAAAAAGCCCGAAUCGAAGAAGAAGCUUCAUCACACCAAAAUUCAGCCAUGAAACUGGAAUCUGAUCUCCAAAGUUUGUCUGCUGCAUACAAUAGCUUAGAGCAGGCCAACUUCCAGCUAGAACAAGAAGUGAAAGCUCUGAGAAACAGCGGAGCAGUUCCUGUCCAGGUUCCAGACAUCGAGCAAAUAAAGGCCGAGGCAAGAGAAGAAGCUCAGAAGGAAAGCGAAGGCGAGCUGAAUGAUCUGCUCGUCUGCCUCGGCCAGGAGCAGAGCAAGGUGGAGAAGCUGAGCACGAGAUUAAUGGAGUUAGGAGAGGAUGUCGAUAAGUUGCUGGAAGGCAUCGGAGACGAUAUGGGCCUCCCAGAAGAUGACGAGGAUGAAGAAGAGUGAUCAUCUGCCGCGUGUUUCUCGCAUCCCAUCCAGGGUUCGAAUUUUAACCAUCUUCUUGCAUGCCUGUGUACAUUGCAUAGAAGCUGUACAGUGUUCCUGUUUUAUUUAUAUGUUGCUUAUGUUCCAAUACGAAGUCUGGACACCAACACAAAUUCCACCCAUGUUUAUCGAUCUAAACUGCACUCUGCAUCACGACAUUUGAUUUCUGUAUUUAUACUUAUUUGAAUUCUAUUUUCUUGAUUGAUGUUGUGUAGCAUAAA